CCCCGACGCCCCGGGGUGCUGAGCCACAGGCUGGGGCCACAUGUGGGAGAAUGUGAGGCAUCAGGGCCCCUCUCUCUGGCUGCCCAGUGCCCGUGGCCAUGGCCAUGGCUUUGGCACAUAUCUGAGGAGAAAGUGGGAUGGACAUCACCAUUUUGGACCAGCCUCAUGAUGAGAACACUGGGGAACAACCGGGACACGAUUGCAUAGAGGAACUGGGCCAUUGGUGGCCUCUUUCCUUCCCUUUUGCUGGGUGAGUGCAGCACCCUGCUGAGCUGAGUCCAGUCCAGCUGAGCCAAGUCAGGUUGAGCCUAGUCCAGCAGAGCUGAGAGAAGCCCAGACAUCAGGGAGUGAGACGUGGGGAUAUCCAUGGCUCCAGGGACAGAGGUGCUGCCUCUCACCUGCCUGAUGCUGCUCCUGCUCUGCAGAGCCCCGGGUGCAGGUGCCCAGGGGGGUCAGGACUUCAAGCUGCACCAGCCCCAGGACAAGGUGUCGGUGACAGUGGGGAAGACGCUCACCCUGGGCUGCACUGUGUCUGGAUCUAGUGAACCUGGUCCUGUGAAGUGGCUGAAGGGCUGGGGCAGUGGGAACAGGACCAUCUAUGCAGAGACAGUCUCUGCUCCCCGUGUGACAAGAGCAGUGAAUGGAUCCAACACAGACUUCACCAUCCACAUCAGGGAUGUUCAGCCCGAGGAUGUCGGCACCUAUUACUGUGUGAAGUUCACCAAGUCCCUGAGCGGUGGGGAUGUGGUGUUUCGGCGUGGAACUGGCACAGAGGUGUCUGUGCUCGGUGAGUGGGGGAUCCCAGAGCAGCUCCUGGGGGGAGCCAGCCCAGCCCAGCCCAGUGGGCUCUGCUCAGGGUGAGCAGGGAUGGGGAGGGGGCUUUGGGGGCUGGUCCCAGGAGAGGAUGCCAUGGGCC